UUCAAAUAAAAUAACAUAAAGUCACUUACAAAAUUAAAUAAAUUUUUUUACUUAUUACUUAUAAAUAAUCAUGAUUAUAAAUGAUAAAAUUGUUCAUGUAUCAAUUUUGGAAAUAGUUAAAUUACAUCUUCUCUCUUUUGUGUAUGGCUUAUAUUUAAUAGUAAGAAGAUUUCCUAAAUGGGUCUGGGAUCCUAAGAAAUUUUUCAUGAUGCAGCAAAGAGAUAAACCCCCACCUUGUUUGGUAGACAAUAACUUAGGAACUCAUUCUUAUGUAAAAAUCAAGGGUGUAAAGUUCCAUUAUGUAGAAGCUGGAAAUAAAAAUAAGCCACUUAUAUUACUUUUACAUGGAUUUCCUGAUUGUUGGUUAUCCUGGCGAGAACAGAUUCUGUGCCUUGCUGAACAUUAUAGAGUAAUAGCAAUAGAUUUAAAAGGAUUUGGUGAUAGUGAUAAACCAGCAGCUAAAAGUUCUUAUAAAAUCCAAGUUUUAAUUGAAGAAUUAAAACAAUUUAUUCUAACUUUUGGAGUAAAGCAAUGCAGUAUAAUUGGACAUGAUCUAGGAGGACUUUUGGGAUGGUAUAUAGUGGCUUUAUAUGGAGAUAUGAUUCACAAAUUUGUUGCAAUAUCAUGUCCACAUCCUAAUUUUUAUAUAUAUAUAUAUAUAUAUAUAUUUAACAUAUUUAUAUUAUUACUUAGAUGGAUACACUUCAGUAGAUUACCAUUUCUUCCUGAAAUUGAUGCUCUUAAAGAAGAUUUGUCAAUCAUAAAUGAUGCAUUUCAACACCUUCAACUAAAUGAUGCAAAUACAAAAAAGGAUUAUGUAGAAGCUUACAAAUAUGCAUUUAGUAGGAAAGAGGAUUGGACAGGUGCAAUCAAUUAUUACAGAAAUCUUCCUUUUAUAAGACUUAAUACAGAUACUUGUAAUCAAAUUUCUACUCAAACUUUGCUUAUAAUUGGAAAUAUGGAUCCAAUUAUAACAGUUGAAAAUAUUGUACAAAGUUCUGAAUAUAUAGAAAAAUUUAAUGUAAAAGUGGUCUUAGGAGCUCAACAUUUCCCACAUCAACAGAAGCCAACUAUAGUAAAUCAAGCAAUAUUAAAAUUUUUCAUGGGUACAACAAGACAUACAGAAAAAUCAUCACCUAAAAAUAUUAUGUCUUCGUGGCUUGGUUCUUUAAGUAAUACUGUCAAAUAUGGUAACAAUAUGUUUGAUGCUGUUCAUAAAAAAACUAGUGGUGUAGUUAAUGUUUUACCCAGCAAAGUACUUUACUUAGGUCAAACUACAAGUUAAAUUGCACUUGCAUCUUUGUCAAAAUGUAGAACUCAUCAAAAUCUCAAUUUUUCUGUUUUUUUUUUUUAUCUAUAUUUCAUU